AUGGGACAGAUCAAUCAAAUGGGUCAAAUGGGACAGAUCAAUCAAAUGGGACAAAUGGGACAGAAGCCGCAGAUGAGUCCCGGAGGCCAGGUGAAACAGCCUGCGCAGCCAAUCCAAGUCAAUCAGAUGGGUCAGAUGGGUCAGAUGGGUCAAGUGGGUCAAGUGGGACAAAUGGGUCAGAUGGGUCAAAUGGGUCAGAUGGGUCAGAUGGGUCAAAUGGGACAAAUGGGACAAAUGGGUCAGAUGACCCAGAUUGCACAGAUGAGCCCUGGGAAUCAACCUGCUCAGAUGAAUCCGAUGCCUCCUAUGGCUGCGAUAAACCCGAUGGUGCCGAUGAAUCAGCAGGGCAUUCCGAUGGUGCCGAUAAACCCCAUGAUGCAGCCGAAUCCUCAGAUGCUGCGUAUUUUUACCCCAUAUAACAACGCUGCGAAUUUCAAUGCUGCACGGAACCAAACCAAUGUGUCAAGUCAGUAGUUCGUGUUAACGCUGGAAUUUGAAAG